CAAUUAUAGUCGCAGAAACACCAAAGAGAGCAAGAACAAGGCAUUAAGCUAACAUUUGUAGUCAUCCUUUUGCCAACAAUGAUGCCGCCUUGACAGCAUCGGUACUUGUUAGUUCUGGAAACGAAAGCCUUUACCGACAAGAGUUCGGCACAAAACUUUGCAUGUACCAUUACCGUGUCACACAAAUCAUUAAUCUUAGCCGCGUUCCUGAAAUUUUAAAGAAACGAAAUCCUUAGUUUAUGUAUUUCAGGUAUCAACUCCGUAUAUGUUGGGAAAGAUUUUUCUGUUCCAUUAAAGCAAUAAAUGCGAAAUAAUUUUGCCGAACUCUUGCUGGUUAACUCACCGCCGGUGGCGAGUUAACCAACAGCGGUGGCGAGUUAACAAACAGUGGUGGCGAGGUAACUUAAAUUAUUGGCAAGUUGGGUGGUGGCAAAUUUAUGUUAGUGGCGAGUUGGCCGGAUACCCCGUGACGCGUGCGCAAUCCUUAAAAAAAUGAAGAUAGCUUUGUAUUUGGGCUUUGCGUUUGCGCUUUGUAUUUGCUUAUAAAAUAUUUGGGUCCUUUUCAAGCACGUAGUUUAGUAGCACGCGCGUUCGAACUUCAUUAUGAGUCUUCUAAUUGAUGACGCAAAAUAGUUCCGACACACCACCAUGCUUCUUGCAUCAACAUGCAACUUACGAAAAUUCUAACCAUUGCAAUAUUGACUGCUUUUUACGAUAAGCUAAACGCAGAUGAAUCAAAGCGGACGUACAUCGUUCCCUCGACAUGGCAAGGGCGUACAGACUGGGGCCGGGCGGAGCUAAUCAGCGAGAAAGACAGCGAAGUAGUUGUUAAGCUCACAGAUGAUCCGACUGGUCAGCCGCGAAUGUUCUCCAAACAUGAUAUUGCUGUUGGGGAGGUGUUAAAGGAUAGGGAUGCAAUGAUAGGCAUGGAAGUGUUGGCUCAUGUCGGCCAUGAUCUCUCCAAGAAGCCUUUCUAUGCCAAGGGUACCAUCACCUCACGAGUUAGACCUUCCCAGUUCACUGUCCAACCAAGUUGCGCCGAGAAGUUGAUGCCUAUCGGAGUUGGGGUAAAACUACCUCCCAGUCGCCUCAAACCGAUCCCAGAUGAGCAGUUCAAAGCGUCAAGUGAAUAUCCUGGUCUCCCUGCAAGAAAUGGUCGUCUAGGGAACGGAAAGGCGUGGUGUCCAGCCCGCAAGAAGAUGCGGAACGCCUGGCUUCAAAUUGACCUUUGUGCGCCGUACUACUUGUGCUCCGUCGUGGCUCAAGGGGAGACAGUAAAGAUGAGCGAAUGGGUCGAGGCGUUUACUAUAGCGGUGUCUAACGAUGGAAUGACGUUCAGCUCUCUCAAAGAUGAAAAUGGCAACGUUAAAAUAUUUCAGUCUUCACGAGAUGGCACCGAGAGCAUACUUGGUCUGAAGCUCCCCUAUCGCUACGUACGCUUCUUCCCCGGUGCCUACCACAAUUAUCCCUGCCUCAGCGUGGAACUGUAUGGGGUCGGACCUACUCGGUCAACAAAGUCAAGUCAAGAGUUUAAAGCGGAUGAGCUGUUCGCUGUUGGGGACCCACUCGCCCCGUACCUCCUCGUCCCUAGUACCUGGAAAGACCGCGUAGACUGGAAACUAGCAAGGUUAAUUUCACAUAGAGGAAGUGACGUAUAUGUGAAGAUACCUAUGGUGGCGGGGCCCCCUGUGCGAUUUAGCUCCACAGAGGUGCUGCUGAAUGUUCCACCAAAGUCGGAUCUCCCAGUUGGGGUCCCUGUAUUUGCACCAUUCGCCAAGGACAAGAAUAACGUGGUCAUGUAUUCGGAAGGCAGAGUUACGCUUAACCAAGGCGGCAAAUACUUCGUGAGCCCAUUUUGCAGCUCACUGAAAAAAUCUCUUCCACUUGGCGUCGCUAUCCAGAGCACACUUCCGGUAGAACGGGUGACGUCACUUCCUGACAGCAAGCUCUCUGCAACGUCAGAGUCAAGUUCUAGCCACCCCGCUAAGAAUGGUCGCCUUGGCAACACACUAGUAUGGUGCGCCGCGGAAGGCUCUUUUAGCUCUUCGUCAUUCACCGUUGAUUUGGGAGGGUUGUACCACGUGUGUUCCGUUGCUGUACAAGGAAACCUGCACGAUAAAAACGAGUUUGUCACGUCAUUCAAAAUCGCCAUGUCAACAGAUGGGCGAAGGUGGACGGUCAUACAAGACCGGCAGAGAAAUCAGUUGUUCAAGAGAAAUGGGAAAGAGCCCGUUGAGGUACAUCUCGCGGCACAAGACUCCUACCGGUAUGUCACCUUCACUCCGGUGGAGCACAACAACUGGCCUUGCAUGGGGGUGGAGCUGUACGGGGUUGGGCCGGUGACAAGCUCGUCUUCGAUCUUCUCCCGUCACCAGCUUCGAAUGCGAGGUGACAUCUGUCAACUGGAUCACAAGUGCCCAUCAAACACCCAGUGCAUUGUGGGAGAUGCGCCAGGAAUUUACUCGUGCCAGUGUCCUGACGGCUUCAUGUCCUCAGCUGACGGAGGAGAUUCCAUAAGGCCUGGUACCGAGGAUCACUGUAGAACUAUAAACCCAACAGGGAAAGUGAUCUCGCUUGCGGUAGCACCCAUGCCAAUGGGUCUGAGAAGCACUGCGCAUGCGCCGUACACGGAUUGGAGCAAAGUGAUCCUUAUUAUUGUAACUAUCGUAACGUUUUUCAUAUCAUGAAGCGUGCAGUUUUGGUGAUUAUGAAUGUAACAGUCCAGAAUAUAAGUGAUUAAAGAUUGCGAUAAAUUGAAUAAGUGUCAGCAAGACAA